GACCUCCUGCCCAAGAAGAAUAGGUCCCUUUAGAAAGGGGUAUGAUCAUCUGAGACAAUAUUGUCUAAAUGAGAUGAGGCAAGGCAAGUGCUGAACAUGGUGCCUGGAAAGCACUUAAGAGAUGAUAGAUGUUGUCAUCACAGUACUUGAGCAGCCUCUCAAAGAACAAGAGGAGUUUGCCAGGUGUAGAGAAAGAAGAGUAUUGCCACCCAUCGAGCAGCAUGCGUGACUGUGAGGUGGCUCCACCAUGAGGCUCCAGCCGCAGAGGAGGCCCCGCACUCCCCAGGCCCUCAGCGCUCCGCGCUAGCCCCCAGCCAGGGCGUGGGGAGGGUGGUGGCCAUGGCCAGUCACGUGGACCUGCUGACGGAGCUGCAGCUGCUGGAGAAGGUGCCCACGCUGGAGCGGCUUCGAGCCGCCCAGAAGCGCCGGGCCCAGCAGCUGAAGAAGUGGGCGCAGUACGAGCAGGACUUGCAGCACCGCAAGCGCAAGCAUGAGCGGAAGCGCAGCACGGGUGGCCGUCGCAAGAAGGUGUCCUUCGAGGCCAGCGUGGCCCUGCUGGAGGCCUCGCUGCGGAAUGACGCUGAGGAAGUACGCUACUUCCUGAAGAAUAAAGUCAGCCCUGAUUUGUGCAACGAGGAUGGACUCACAGCCCUGCACCAGUGCUGCAUCGACAACUUUGAGGAAAUCGUCAAGCUGCUCCUUUCCCAUGGUGCCAACGUGAAUGCCAAGGACAACGAGCUGUGGACACCCCUGCAUGCUGCAGCCACCUGCGGCCAUAUCAACCUGGUGAAGAUCCUUGUGCAGUAUGGGGCCGACUUGCUUGCUGUCAAUUCGGAUGGGAAUAUGCCCUAUGACCUCUGCGAGGAUGAGCCCACCCUGGAUGUCAUCGAGACCUGCAUGGCGUACCAGGGCAUCACCCAAGAGAAAAUUAAUGAGAUGCGGGCAGCUCCUGAGCAGCAGAUGAUUGCAGACAUCCAUUGUAUGAUCGCAGCAGGCCAGGACCUCGACUGGAUAGAUGCCCAGGGGGCCACACUGCUGCACGUAGCUGGCGCCAACGGAUUCCUGCGGGCAGCUGAGCUCCUCCUGGACCAUGGAGUGCGUGUGGAUGUGAAGGACUGGGAUGGCUGGGAGCCCCUGCAUGCAGCUGCCUUCUGGGGACAGAUGCAGAUGGCAGAGUUAUUGGUGUCCCAUGGAGCUAGUCUCAGUGCAAGGACAUCCAUGGAUGAGAUGCCAAUAGACCUAUGUGAGGAGGAAGAGUUUAAGGUCCUGUUGCUGGAGCUAAAACACAAGCACGAUGUGAUCAUGAAGUCACAGCUGAGGCACAAGUCAUCUCUGAGCCGGAGGACGUCCAGCGCUGGCAGCCGUGGGAAGGUGGUACGUCGAGCCAGCCUAUCGGACAGGACCAACCUGUACAGGAAGGAGUAUGAGGGAGAGGCCAUCCUGUGGCAGCAGCGGAGUGCAGCUGAGGAUCAGAGGACCUCGACCUACAAUGGGGACAUCAGGGAGACCAGGACAGACCAAGAGAACAAGGACCCU